ACACCUUAGCCAUUGUAGCGGUGGGUAGCAGCAUUCUCUCUCUGUGGAUCCCUCUCUCAGUCACAACAAGACAACAUCUAUUCAUCCUGUUCCUGAUCCGUGUUAGGAGGAGGAGCAGGUGCUGAGACAUCCAACUGAAAGAUCACAAACAGCCAUACAUUACCAUUAUUCUCUGGGUGCCGUUGGCAACACCAAUACAAUGACAACAAAAGAUUUGCUGUCAGAUCACAUCUAUGCGUACGCUCUGUCCACGACUCUGAUUAAAGUGUCCUCUCCUGCCACGGUGGGCCUCUACUCAUCAUGUCAGAACCGCAUCAACAUGAUCCUCAGAUAUAUAGAGGUCCACAUGGAGCAGGAGGCAGAGAGGAGGGAGCAGAGAUACCAGGGCAGGUCCAAGCCUCGUUCCGUCAAAGCCUCCAUCACUGGUCUCCUAGCUCUGAUCUGCAGGCUGCUGUUCUACAGACCUGUCUGGACCGAGGAGAACCAGCGACAGAAGAAUGUCCGGUUCAUCUAUGUUCGGUUCUCCGCAUGGCACUUUGCCGGGAGUGACCUCCUCUGGGCAGGGCUGGUGAUGAGACUGUGCCUGGCACUGCAGGAGAGCUUCGGGAGACUUCAGCUGGGCCUGUACCGCGUGGCGCAGCACAAUGAGGAGGAGGAGGUGAGGAAGAAGGUGAUUGAAAACACAUCGUCAGAGUGGAGAUCUAAGAAGUUCUGCUGUUUCCCUCUCUGGUCCCUGGUCCUGGUCUUGCUGCUGGCUGCUCUCAUAGUCCUCGUCUUCCUGGUGAAGUAUGGCUUCCAGGGGGUUCCAGAAGCACCAGAGCUGGACGGACUGGGAUCAGGAAAUGGAACAGGAGAAGGUCAGAGUGAAGGCCAAAGUGGGGCCGGGGUGUUGGAGGGCCUGGCGUUCGCUGUCAUGGGGGUCCCUGCAGCAGCAGCUUUACGAUUCAUCUUCCAGAUGGGAAAGAACCUGAUCUUCAACCAGGACCUGAAGGUCCGUAAGGCGCUGGACAACGAGAGGGUCAGCGGCCAACUGGGGUUCAUGAACGAGGUGAGGAAGGAGAUGUGGCUGUUGUCCAGGUUCAUCCAGUUCAUGGAGGUGUUUGAGCAGAGGAGGAUCCGCGUGGUUCUGGAGAUCACUAACUUGGACCGAUGUGCUCCUAAGAAGAUCGUUGGUGUCCUGGAUGCUAUCAGUAUACUGCUCUCUGAUGAGGAGUCCCCCUUUAUCUCUCUGCUGGCAGUCAACCCUGAGGUCCUGGUUCAACAGGUGAACUAUGCAGACGGGUGCUUCAGUCAAGAAGACAGAGCCUACGCCUUCUUGAACCGCAUCGUGACCCUGGCCUUCACCAUACCGCCGCUCUGCCACGCCUCCAAGCACAAGGUGUUCUACAAUAUCGUUAGCGGCCAAUCAGAGAUCAUGGAAGAAGUCACGGGUCAUGGGUCAAAGGGGAUCGAGUUGAGAGAGCUGGACCUGGGCAGCCGGACGUCAAGUGUUCUGAAGGAGGCCAAUAUUCCUUUGAUAGACAACAACCACAUCAAGGAGGCGCAGGUGGCGUUUGCGCUGAAUGAAGACGAGGUGGACAAGAGGAUAGAAUCUGCCUUGGAGAGCAUCCUGUCCAGUAACACAGGGAACCUCCAUCACUACAUCUCCGAUGACACCAUGUCCAUGAGACGGGUCAUCAACUCCAUCAGGGUGACCGUGGUGCUCAUGGAGGCUCUGAAGACUGAGCUGCCCCCGCCAGAGAACAUCGCUGCCUGGGUCGUUCUUGCCAACCAUUGGCCCUGUCGUCUCAGCUGGAUCCUACAGUGUCUGGAGGACGAGCAGCAGAGAGCAGAGAUCGAUGUCACCGUCGUCGACGAGUCCAAGACUUUGUGGGAGGUGUUCAGCAACUCGAGGAUGGAGCUUCACACAAUGAGGGAGGAGAUCGAAGACCUGCUGGAGCAGGACGGAGAUCCAGAGAUGUUUGAGAUGUUCCUCAGGGUGCAUUUCCAGUUCAGCGUGAGGGACGCGGAGAGGUUCAAGCUGACCACGGUUAACCUGGAUCACUCUAUCAGGAGGGAGCUGGCCCGGAUCAGAGGGACCAUCAGACUGAAGAAUUCUGGGUGGGGGAGGAACCAGGCUCCUCUCAACAUCAGGACUGUUAUCAACAUGACCUCUGAGGAUGUCUGCAAAGCGCUGGCGAGGAUGAACCUCCCUGUGAAGUACGCAGACAUCGUCCGUAGCAAUGACCUCACCGGCCAGGCGCUGGUCUUCGGGGAUCCCAACGACCUCAAACAGCUGCUCCAGAUGACCUUCGGGGAGUGGACGACCUUCAGACUCCACUUCCUGGGUAUCGGUGGGAGGCCCCAAGGUGGAGCCAAGGCCACGUCCCUAAACCUAAACCCCAAACAACUGACCAAUCAGCAGUCUAAACAACCUCAGUUCGGUCCCCACAGCCACGGGUCAACAUUAAAUCUGUCUUUUUCUUGAUGCCGUGGCGAGAUAGAGAUGCAUGAAAGCGGAUGUAAUCUGAUACAUAUACAGACGGAUGAUCUGUGAGAAUGGUCUGUGUAUUGAUGUGUAGUACCCAUGAGAACCUACCUACCUAUUGUGUAAUAACAGUGAACUGCAUUCCUCUACCAGCUCCUGUUGUAUCGAUAGAGCGUGCAGUUGCUCAAACCAGACACUAGGUGGCGCUGCUACUGGAUACAUGUCAAAGGGACUUUCUUACUGUCAACCAACAAAAUGAAAUAACACACACAAAAAAUAAAACUAUUAAAAAGUAUAACAAAAAGGGUCUCUAGUUGAAUACUACUCAUAUUACAGAGUGGUGAAGCUUCGUAUGACACCAAGUUUAACUUUGUAGCACCUACAGAUGAAAUAUGGUCUCAGAGGAGGCCUGGGUAAGGCCGAAAUGUCAUAAAUAUACAGACUUCUUUCAAUUAUUUAUCAAUUAUGCUUUUAGAUACAAAUGUCAAUAAUAUGUCAACAAGCUGCUGAGAGGAGGACGGCUCAUAAUAAUGGCUGGAACGGAGCAAAUGGAACGGCAUCAAACACCAUGGAAACCAUGGAAACCAUGUGUUUGAUGUAUUUGAUACCAUUCCAACCAUUACCACCAGCCUGUCCUCCCCAAUUAAGGUGCCGUCAACCUCUUGUGAAAUCCAUCCCCCAUUAAAUUUUGUGAAAAUCCCCAAAGUCAUGGUCUUUCAUUUUUGUCCUGGUUUCAUUGGUAAGAAGAAUGCCCCUCUCCCCACAGGUGUGAUUACUACCUCCUGAGGGUUUAGAGCUUGAGGUUAGUCACCUCAUACAAGUACUUGGGAGUAAUGGCUAGACGGUACACUGUCCUUCUCUCAGCACAUAUCAAAGCUGCAGGCUAAGGUUAAAUCUAGACUUGGUUUCCUGUAUCGUAAUCGCUCCUCUUUCACCCCAGCUGCCAAACUAACCCUGAUUCAGAUGACCAUCCUACCCAUGCUAGAUUAUGGAGACGUAAUUUAUAGAUCAGCAGGUGAGGGUGCUCUCAAGCGGCUAGAUGUUCUUUACCAUUCAGGCCAUCAGAUUUGCCACCAAUGCUCCUCAUAGGACACAUCACUGUACUCUAUACUCCUCUGUAAACUGGUCAUCUCUGUAUACCCAUCGCAAGACCCACUGGUUGAUGCUUAUUCAUAAAACCCUCUUAGGACUCACUCCCCCCUAUCUGAGAUAUCUACUGCAGCCCUCAUCCUCCACAUACAACACCCGUUCUGCCAGUCAUAUUCUGUUAAAGGUCCCCAAAGCACAGAUCCCUGGGUCGCUCCUCUUAUCAGUUCGCUGCAGCUAGCGACUGGAACGAGCUGCAGCAAACACUCAAACUGGCCAGUUUUAUCUCCAUCUCUUCAUUCAAAGACUCAAUCAUGGACACUCUUACUGACAGUUGUGGCUGCUUUGUGUGAUGUGUUGUUGUCUCUACCUUCUUUCCCUUUGUGCUGUUGUUUGUGCCCAAUUAUGUUUGUACCAUGUUUUGUGCUGCUACCAUGCUGUGUUGCUACCAUGCUGUGUUGUCAUGUGAUGCUGCCAUGCUAUGUUGUUGUCUCAGGUCUCUCUUUAUGUAGUGUAGUGUUGUCAUGUGAUGCUGCCAUGUUAUGUUGUUGUCUCAGGUCUCUCUUUAUGUAGUGUUGUGUCUCUCUUGUCGUGAUGUGUGUUUUGUCCUAUAUUUAUAUUGAAUUUAUUUUUAAUCACAGCCCCCGUCCCUGCAAGAGGCCUUUUACCUUUUGGUAGGCCGUUAUUGUAAAUAAGAAU